UCAAAAUUCAAAAUUUUGUGAUGUGAUCUCGAUUUUCCGGCUUCAUCAAAAUAUUAUAUAGACAAAUGCUUGAUAAUUGAAAAUGAAAUUGUGUUGUGUUUAGUCGAAACCCCUCAUGAAAUACUGAGUAUCGUUAGUACAUUUGUGUCAUGCAUUAUGCACUCAGGAAAAGAAUUCUAUACUGCGUCGUGUUCGUAGUAAUAUUGAUUAUACUGCUGCACCCUGAUAGGAAUGCAAGACGAAGUUACAGUUAUAUCGCGAAGGAAAAUAUUUUAAAUAGUUUACGACAAGAAAUAGCGAAUAACUUCUCAAGUACUGCUUUAGCUGAAUGUGAUUAUUACGAUGUUGUAAACGACGAAAUCACGUUACCUCUUAGUAUUGCUGAUGGGGAUCUUGUAGAGAAUCAUAGGAUAAGAGAGGGUGGAGAAUAUGCGCCUGUUGAGUGCAGGCCUAAGUUCAGUACAGCUAUUAUCGUGCCUUACAGAGAUAGAGCUGAGCAGUUGCGUGGCUUUCUUGUGUACAUGCACAUGUUUUUACGACGACAGCUCAUCCACUACAGGAUUUAUGUGGUUGAACAAGUUGACUCCCGUCCAUUCAAUAGAGCCAAGCUGAUGAAUAUAGGAGCUACUGCUGCGAUGCGAGCAGGGUAUCCUUGUUUGGUUCUUCAUGACGUUGACUUGCUGCCAAUGAAGCUGGAAAAUAUUUAUGCGUGCACUGAACUACCACGACACAUGUCAUGUAGCAUUAAUAAAUUUAGAUUCGUAUUACCAUAUCUCAAUCUAUUUGGUGGUGCUAUAUCCAUAUCUUCGAAGCAAUUUAAAACAAUAAACGGAAUGAGCAAUCAGUAUUUUGGUUGGGGCGGGGAAGACGAUGACUUGUACACACGUCUUCAAGCUCACAAUAUAGAUAUUACUCGAUUUGAACCCUCCACUAGUCAAUAUCACAUGGCUUCACAUACAAGUCAGCGAAAAGGCCAGAAAACAAAUGAGUUAUUGCAAAAUGCAAAGGAAAGGAUGUCGAGCGAUGGUCUUAAUUCUCUGAAGUAUACACAAGUUGCUACUGUCCUACACCCGCUGUUCACUCAUAUCAUGGUCGAUUUGUAGCAUAUCGUGAUAAGCAAAGUUGCCUAAAUACCUAGAUUAAUAUUAGAUAGUUAUUAGCUCACUGCUUCCACAAUAAUGACUUGGUACACACUGCGAGCAAGGGACUCGUCCAUGGCGAAUUUUUGUAGGGUUCGCGAGUAUCUUAAGGUGCACCACACGGGUCUGCCGCGAAAUUCAAAUUUAAUUUGGUUUUUCGCAAUUUGUAAAUUAAUACGACAAAGUAGGCUUAUGGCAUUCUAAUAUAUUGAUAUUAGAUAUAUAGUAUGGCCAAUGGCAGUAUUAUCUCUACAACCAUAUUAAAAAAUCU